AAUGUCUUAUUCGAGAUUAACUCCCAGGAAGGAUUCGGCUAGAUCUACCUCAACUCUCUCUUCGAGGUCAAUAUCUAUUAGAUCUGUUAAAUCGUCCGUAGUUAAUUCUCCUAGAGAGCAGGGAAAAAGUUCGUCAACUCCUGUCAAAAGAGAAGAACCGGAAAUAGUAGAAAGGCCUACGAGCAGGAUAGGUGAAGACAAAUUAGCUUUUGAUAAAAGUUUAAAGACACCGUUGUCGGAUACAUCAAAAGAGGAUGAUAAAAAGGAGGAAGAAUCAAACGAGAUUGUUACUCAGACUAUUAAAAAUGAAGCGGAAAUCGACCAGGGUGAAAAAGAGAGAAUCGAAAGAGAAGAUGAAAUUCGAGAAACAAUUCUAAACGAUUUGAAGGAUCUCGGAAUUACAUCACUUGCCGCAGAUGACGAGGAAGAUAAGCGCGAUGCGGAAAAAUCUGAAACAAACGAAUUACUUUCGGCAGUUGCCGAAGCCAAUAAACUAUCCGAUGCUUACAAUGAAAAAAACGAGAAUUUUAAUAGUUCUGAUGAAAAUAAUUAUGCUGAUGAUAAAAUUGAUGAAGAAAAGGAAAAAGUAGACGAAAGCUCUAAUUCACCUCCAUCUGAAGGUGAAGAUACGGAUGAAGAUAAAAAGUCUGUACAUAAUAAACGAGUGAAAGGUGAUGAUCCUGCAAAGAAGAAGCCAACAAGAUAUUUACGGAAGUAUCCCAGUAAUCGAGGCAAGAAAGUAUUGAGAACCGUCGUAACGCUGAUGACUUUGACGAAGAAGAAACAACCCAAGUUUUACAGGACGUAUAAGAGUUCUGAUGGUUCGUAUAGCGAUUCUUACAAGUCGUAUAAAAUGCAUAAAUUCAAGGAAACUAAGUCUCUAUCUAGUGAUCUCUAUAUGAGUAAAUUACUUUUAGAGAAUACCUACAAGAUGGAACCGGAUACUGUCUUUCCACAAUUUAAGAUAGAAAAAUUAAUUUUAUCAGUCCUGGAGGAGAGCCUUAGAACCAUGACAUAUGAUGGAAUUCAUAUGGGUAAGGUAACUAAAAUGAUAACGGAAGUUCUUAAGGAAAAAGUUAAAUCUAUGCGUCUGGAAAGGUACAGGAUAAUUACAUGGGUAGUUAUAAGUCAGAAGGACAAGGGAGAUCUAAGAAUUGUAUCGAGGGGUCUACUCGAUCAGAAAACGGAUAAUUACGCAACUGCAGUUUUUGAGAAUUCAACUUUGGAAGAAGAGGGAGAGAAGGAAAACGAAGAGGAAGGAUUACGCCUUCUCGAGAAAUUAAUCGAAGCUGACUACUUUCAAACGUCUAGUGAUAAAAAGAAUUUGGAAGACAAUGAUAUUUUUCUAUUAUUCUUCUUUGAUCAAUUUUCUCUACCUUGCCAAACAUUUCUUCCAAUGUUAAUAGAAUUCUACAAGGAAGGGAAAUUAAGGAAGAUAAGAAUGGAAAUAAUAGCAGUUCCUUGCAAUGAAGAUAUUGAAAGUUGUAGGAAGGAAUAUGUGAAAAAUCAUGAAAAAUGGCUAUUUUUGAACUGUAAAUCUAUAGUCGAAUCGUUAAUUGAAUUCCAUCAAGUUUUCUUUAUACCAAAAGUGAUUGUCAUUAGUCGAAAAGGUUCAGUGAUAACUCGAAAUGGGAGGAAAGGAAUUGAAAAUAUUGGUAUAUCAGUGUUCUAUCAAUGGUUAGAGUCUCAUCGUCAUACUCAACUAAUCAGAAGAAUAUCUAGAAUUCCCAAAAUUCGUUUCACAAUUUCUAUUGAGACAAGACAAAAGAGUGAAAAGUUCAAAAGGAGAAUGAGAAAGGCGAAACUAUUCAAUCUGUACUCGACGGAUUAUACGGAAAGACAAGUUCCAGAUAGCAGACAAGUCGAUAUUAAUUUGGCAAAAAAUUGA